GGUCUUCGGUUCCCUGCAAGCUGCAGCUCUGCUAGGCUUUCGCCGUCUUCUGCGUCCACUUGGACACGCUCUCUCUCUUUCUCUCUCUAGACUCUUAUUAAACCUUCUCUCUCAAGUUGGUUUCUCUUUCCUCGUGCUUACUCACUCUCUCACUGACUCUUAUAGAUAUUGCACUUUUGGGAAAUUUUACAAUUAGUUUGCACAUGUUUAAUGCAUGUGGAUUAGCGUUACUCUUAGCUAAGAUCGAGAAUCCCCUGAUUUUCUCCAAACUUUUUUUCGACUUUUAAUGGGUCCUCAAGAUUCUGGCUGUUCUUCGUGUUAAACGUUUUGAAAUUAUCGUUCAAUUAGGAAACUAUGAUCUGGGUUUUUCUGGGUUUUUAGCUAAUCAUUGGAAAAGUGUAAAAGAAUGAGUUUUUAAUAAAACUCGAAGCAGCUUAAAUUUGGAAGUUGGUUUUUUAAAUUUUGUUUAGGAGAUCUUAGGGAGCCAUAUUAAAGAAUUGGUUUGACUGGUACUUUAUUUCAUUUUUCUGAAUUUUAUAUUUCCACAUUUAACUUACUGAUAAGGACUUUAGUAUUUAAAAGAAAGAUUUUAUUCUGUAAAUAUUUUAACUGUAAAAGUAGCACCAUUUUCUUUUCUUUUCUUUUCUUUUUCCUCUAUAAGUUCAAUUGGGAUUGUCUUAUCGCGGGGUUUUUGGCCUGGCUUUUAUGUCUUCAAACCCUGUUGGGUUUCGUCCAGUUUUUUGGGUUCUUUGAACUAAGCAUUUAGAGUCAAGAAAAAAAAAAAAAAAAACAUUCAAAAGAGUAGUUUUGUUAUCUGGAAAACUAGGCUACCAAUAAUGAACAAGGGAUUGAUCUUUGGGGUAUUUUUCUCUAAGUAAUAUAACAAGCAGUGGUUCCAAACUCUUUCCAUAACUUUCAUCAUCAUCAUAAUCAUGCCUUUAUCCGAGCUAUAUCGGUUGGCUAAAAGAAGGGUGGAUUCAAAUCAAGAUUUUGAAAAUGGGAAUGAUGUUUUUGAGCUGGUAUGGGAGAAUGGUCAAAUUACAACACAAGGUCAGUCCAGUAGAGUUAGAAAGGAACCAACUUGUAACAGCUUACCAUCUCACUGUUUGCCGUCUUAUACCCCAAAAUCUCGGGACAAAGAUUUAGGAAAUGGCACAACCACAAAGACAGGAAAGUUUGGGACAGUGGACUCUGUGCUUAAUGAGAUUCCAAUGUCGGUGCCGUCCGAUGGAGUCGGUUUGAGUCAUGACGAUGACAUGAUGCCAUGGCUGAAUUAUCCGAUGGAUGGAUCUUUACAACAUGAGUAUUGUCGUGAUUUCUUGCCUGAAUUGUCUGGUGUCACUGUCAAUGAGAUCUCCAAGAGUAACAACAAUUUUGCAACAAAUGAUAAGAGUAGUUGUAACCAGCUCUAUAGGGAGUCCAACGCCAAUUCUGUAGAUUAUUGUGCCAGUUUAGAGCAAAGGAAUAAUUCUUCUAAGGUUGGUUCAGUUGUUGCAAGUGAUGUUAGUACUAGACCCAGAACUGGUACUAGUCAGUUGUAUUCAUCAUCAUCAUCUCAGCAAUGCCAAGCAUCAUUUCCAUCUUUUAGAUCAAGGGUCUUGGACACCGUUGGUGAUAACACAACUAGUGCAGCUCACCAUGCUGUUUGUAACGAUUCGGGUCGAGUUUCUUCGGUUGGUGGUUUCCCUAGCCUGAAAAUGCACAAUAGGCAAGAUUCUAUACCACCUAGUAAUAGCUUCAAUGUACUUAAUUUCUCUCAUUUCACAAGACCUGCUGCUCUUGCAAAGGCUAGUCUUCAAAACAUUGGUACUAUGCCGGGCUCGAAUAUGCCAAAUAAGGAAAAGGGUUGCGCUGCAAAUGGUAAUAAUCCUCCUAAGUCAGGACUAAUUGACACUGGUAGUGGUUUAAGGAAGGAAACAAGUGCACAUUGCCAAGUAGUGGCUUCCUCUGGGGUUAAUUUGAAACCGUCGGAGGCUAGGUCUCUUGAGGAACCAUGUGCUGCUAAAGAUUCCGAGGCUGUUUGCCGAGAAGAUGCCUCGAAGAACGACAUAAACAACAGCUUUCCUUGCGAAAGUACAAAUCGUGCCCUGCCGGAUGGUGAGAAGAAUAUAGAACCUGUGGUUGCUUCCUCUUCUGUUUGCUCAGGCAAUAGUGUGGAGAGAGCUUCAGAUGAUCCAACACAUGUUUUGAAGAGGAAAUUUCGUGAUACGGAGGAUUCAGAAUGCCAUAGUGAAGAUGUUGAGGAAGAAUCUGUCGGUGUCAAAAAAACUGCGCCCCCUCGAGCUUCAGGUUCCAAGAGAAGCAGAGCUGCAGAAGUGCAUAAUUUAUCUGAAAGGAGGCGAAGAGAUAGAAUCAAUGAAAAGAUGCGUGCCUUACAAGAACUCAUACCAAACUGCAACAAGGUGGACAAAGCUUCAAUGCUUGAUGAAGCUAUUGAGUAUCUGAAGACACUUCAACUUCAAGUACAGAUUAUGUCAAUGGGAGCGGGUUUGUGUAUGCCACCAAUGAUGUUACCAACAGGGAUGCAACCCAUGCAUGCACCGCAUAUGACGCAUUUUUUGCCCAUGGGAGUUGGAAUGGGAAUGGGGUUGGGCAUGGGUUUUGGUAUGGGCAUGCCUGAUAUGAAUGGUGGCUCCUCUGGCUAUCCUAUGUUUCAGUUCCCCCCUAUGCAGGGAGCACAUUUUCCUGGCCCGCCUAUGCCGGGCCACACCGCUGCCUUUCAUGGGAUGACAGGACCUAAUCUUCAGGUGUUUGGGCUUCCUGGUCAAGGACUUUCUAUGCCAAUGCAACGUGCACCCUUGGUUCCCGUGUUGGGAGGGCCGUUUAUGAAGUCGGCUAUGGGAUUAAAUGCUUCUGGGGCAGGUGGGUCUAUGGAAAAUAUGGAGUCAACUCAGCCGUAUACAUCAAAGGAUCCAGCGCAGAAUAUGGGAUCUCAUGUGGUGCAAAAUGCCGGUCCCAGUAGCUCUAUGAAUCAGACAAAUAGUCAGUGUCAAGCAACAAAUGAGGGAUUUGAACAGUCUCCCUUGGUGCAAAGUAAUGUUCAAGUGUCUGAUGUAAAUGGCAACAAAGCUUCAGCCUCCGCUAAUGGAAAUGAUGCCAGGCCUAGUACAGCAGCUAGUUAUGAUUGACACUCGGUUCUGGUUAUCAUGAAUCAAGGAGACAAAUCCAUUUUGCAGCCUCUUCUUUUUUGUUGAUUGUGAUCUGGGAAAAUUUGAUCAAGAGUACCGGAAAAAGGGUAACUCAGAGUAAAUGAGGUUUGAACCUUUAGAAUAGAAUCUGAAUUUUACUUUCAAGAGGGCAACACACCAUAUGACACAGAUUUUGGUAUCUUUAGAAGUCAAGCAACCAUGUCUUGCAUUUUGUAAAUUGACCUAGUGACCUCUGUGCUAUUAAUGCAAUGUAAGAGUUCCAUAUACCAUUAUUUAUUUAUGUAUUCAAGUUUGUGUUUCAGAAUCUUCCAUAACUGUUCUUUCAAAUAUUCAAGUAUAGUUUUAUGUUCUCCAUACAUUUCUGACAAUCUCUCUCUCUAAUUUUCUUAUC